GUUAGCGACGCAUUUGACAAAUACGACUUAAGAUCCGUUGUAGAAGCUCAGUAGUGCAUUUUAAAUGUAGAGAAACUUUAAACUUCUGUGUCAGGACUUUUGAAGAUUCCAGACAACACAAAAAGUUCAUUCUGAAUUACAGACUGAGUUCAUGAGGAAAAAAGCCUGUGAGAGAAAAUACUUUCAGAAGGAACCUCCCUUGCAGCUACAUGGAUUUACAGAUUAAAACUCUCUUCUUCCUCAUCACCAUCAUCAUCCUCAUUGAAGACACUGUUGGACAGAAUGACACAGGAAGUCUUGUCACUAGUUCUACAGGCUGGGUACCCUCAGGUUGUGGUGGCAACCUGGACCCAGAAUUUCACUUGCUAUGUGACCUACGCACAGCAUGGGGCAUUGUUGUGCAAGCACUGACUGUCCUGGGCUUUCUGAUCAGCCUGGCACUGCUGCUGGGCAUGUUGCUCUGGUGGGCGUGUAUUUGCAGCCCCUGCAGCCGUGGGAUGGGCACAAAGAAUGCACAGGGGUCAGCAUGUGUGUCCACAGUGCUGUUCCUGCUAGCUGUAGCUGGAAUCUUCGCAUUACCAUACUCCUUCAUCAUAAGCCUGACAGAGCGGACUUGCCCAAUCCGUGUGUUCUUGUUCGGGGUGUUGUUCAGCCUGGCCAUUGCGUGCCUUUUGGCAAGGAUUCUGGUUGUGCUGGGCUGGAGGAUGUGUAGUGGCUGGAGGGAGCCUGGCUUGGUGCUGGCGUUGGUGCUAGUACAGGUUAUAAUAGCAGUGGAGUGGUUGCUGGUGGUGCUGGUGCGUGACAGCCACCCAUGCUAUUACUCUCAGGAGGAAUUCAUCAUGCUUCUGAUCUAUGUAAUGGUCCUGUUGGCCAUUGCCACUGUGCUGUCUCUGCGCUUCUUGUGCCGCAGUGCCAUCUACAGUGCCUCACAGUGGCCGAAGUUCUAUGGGAGGCUGCAAGGAACACUGUUGACCAUCACUCUUCUGCUCAGCACUGCCAUCUGGGUGGUGUGGAUUACCCUAUUCACCCGUGGAAACCAGGAGAUGGGCCGACGCCCAGCCUGGGAUGACCCUGUCAUUAGCAUAGCACUAACUGCUAAUGGCUGGGUCUUGUUGCUGGGACAAGGAUUCAGUCAGGUCAGGUUUGUCUUCUGUGGCCAAAGAGGCAUGAAAAAUCAAACUCCAGACUUCACUGGCUGGACUAGCCCAAUGGCCGAGCUGCCAAACCUCCACAAUUGCAAAAACGGAAUAGACAACCUGGGAUACCAACACAACCCCAAAGAUAAAAUAGGGAAAGGAAAAAAGGUGGAGCCUGAAUUGAUGUCCCCAUAUGAGUCCAGCUUCUCCAUGACGGAAAUCGACCCUGAUAAGGAUUACUCCAUUCCACGACCGCAGACUACCAACAUUAACGAACCUUACGAUGACUACUAUGGACACAGACUGUCUUAAUAAUAACACAUGCACAAACACUUGCAAAUCAAAACCAUACAUAAAGACAAACAUACUUAAUAACUAAUUAAGUAACUAAUGAUUGAGAAGCAUUGCUAUUUUCUCUCUAUUCCAGUGUAGUCUUUGGUAAUUUAUCUAUUUGGUGAUGUAGGUCAAAAGGUACAAGACUCUUUGUUUUAUAAGUAAUGUUAUAGUCUCACUAUAAAACACUGCAGUGCCAGCCUUGACCAGAUUGCUGGUAAUCAAAAUGUCAGGUACAUUACAUGUCUGGGUUACAUAAAGGGUUUGCCUCCUUUACUGCAGUAUCAACUUCUACUCUUCUGGAAAAGUUUUACACUAGAUGUUCCUCCAUCUUACCUUUGAGAAAGCAUAAGAUUAAGUGACCCUUAUUAGUCCCACAAUGGGGAAAUUUCACCUCCAUAUUUAACCCAUCUGUGAAA